ACCACCACCAUAUCUCUCAAUACACGUUAACAUAUCCAACCCAUUUCAUCGCUCUUCACAUAAACUUCAAGCGAGCAAACAAACAACUAGCAAGGGAAGAAAGAAACUACAGAAAAGAAAUGGCUUCCACUUCUGCAGUUUCAAUGGCUAUGCCAGUAACUUAUGCUAGCCAGAAGAGGGUGGUGCCUAGCUCGGAUGCAUUCUUCAAGCCACUGCCUCUACGGUCUUCCAAGGCAGUGACAGCAUCAAAACUCAAUGGAAGGUUUCAAGUGAGGGCCUCCAUGAAGGAGAAAGUUGUGACGGGGCUCACCGCAGCUGCAUUGACAGCUUCAAUGAUGGUUCCUGAUGUGGCUGAGGCUGCCGUUACACCUUCUCUCAAGAACUUCUUGCUCAGCAUCGCGGCAGGUGGAGUUGUUGUUGUUGCCAUUAUUGGUGCUGUGAUCGGUGUUUCCAAUUUCGAUCCCGUCAAGCGUAGCUGAUGGAGUUCUGAGGCACUGUGUUUUAUUUAUUUUUUUGUUACCUCUUAUCAUGAUAUGUAUCUUUAAUGUAAUGUUCUUCAGAAAUGAAGUGAACCCUCUGAUGUGUGUACUAAUAUGUGACUCUUAUGCUCCACUUGAGCAGAAGCUUUUCAAUGCUUAAAAUUGUAAUUUUUGUUUUGACCCAUUAUAGAAAUAGUUAAUUACGUGUUUA